AUGCCUUUAUCUGGUAGUUUCAAUAACAUCCCCAAGCAUGGCCAUUGCAAGCUUCGACUUAUCCAGCCACUUCUCCUCAUCGGCCGCAAUCUGAGCAGCGGCAUCAGGGGCAUAGAGCUUCGCACCGAAGGCUUGGAAAGCAGCCUGAUCGGCGAAAGUAAGCUCAGCAUAAGCAUCGAAGUCAAAGUCGGUCUGUUGUCCGACAAGCACAGUGGCCGGGGUCAGGGGAUUGCGGUCGCUGGCACCCUCGACGGGGGCCUCGACGGUGUUGCGUGCGACUUAAGUGCGCUUGUGAGAGAGAGGGAAGUCUUCACCGGUGAGCUGCUUGAUGAGGUCGACGUGAGCCUCAGAGUGCUUCUUGAAGUCCUCGAGGGAGAUUACGGUGGGGGCCAAAUGACCUUGUAG